GAAGACCGUUCCAGUCUCUUCUCACCUGAAGCUACACGUCUAACAAACUAGUGGCUUUAUUAUUUUGAAUGAAUCCAAAUAUUACUUUGAAGAGCUUUUCAGAUUCCAAGAUCACUAAAUAAACUAGUUAUGUUGCGUUGUCUACAUUGUUUUGUACAUUUUGCCACAUCCCAUCACCUUCCGGGAAAUUUAAGUUAGUGUGCAGCUCGUUGGGCAGCACGCUGAAAAUUUUCAAAAAAAUAGACAAAACCUCAAAAAAAUCAUAAAAAUAUAAAAAACCAAAAAAAGAUAUGGCUGUUAAUUCAGCGAGUCAAGGAUUGAUGAAUUCAUCUCUUUACGUUGGCGAUUUACACCCAAGAGUUUCUGACUCGGCAUUGCAAUCAAAAUUUUCUGAAAUCGGCCCAGUCCUUAGUGCACGUGUCUGCCGAGACCUUGCCACUCGUCAAUCUCUGGGGUACGGUUAUGUUAAUUUCGAAGAUCCAAAACAUGCCGAACUGGCCCUGGAAUCUCUAAAUUACGAGACGCUGAUGGGACGCCCCAUCAGAAUCAUGUGGUCUCAAAGGGAUCCAUCUUUAAGAAAAUCUGGGAAGGGAAAUAUAUUCAUCAAAAACCUGGAGAAGUCCAUUGAACAAAAGGAAUUGUAUGACACCUUUAGCUACUUUGGUCGGAUCUUAUCAUGCAAAAUUGUUAUGGAUGAAAACGGACAGUCUAAAGGAUAUGGGUUUGUACAUUUUGAAAAGGAAGAGUGUGCCGAACGAGCCAUUGAGAAAAUCAACAAUAUGAUAAUUCGAAACCGUGUUGUAUAUGUUGGCAAAUUUAUUCCCAAAACUGAACGUAAAUCUCAAGCUCGGAAAGUCAAAUUCAAUAAUCUUUACAUCAAAAACUUCCCACCAGAAACUGAUAACGAAAAGCUGAGGGAAAUGUUUUCCGAGUUCGGAGAAAUUAAUAGUGCUUGCGUCAUGAAAGACAGUGAAGGAAAAUCUAAAGGGUUCGGAUUUGUGUGUUUCUUGGACCCUGACCACGCCGAAAAUGCAGUCAAAACUAUGCACGGCAAGGAGAUUGAAGGGAGAGUUUUGUACUGUGCUCGCGCGCAACGCAAGGAAGAACGACAAGAAGAAUUAAAGCAGAGGAUUGAAAAACAACGGGCUGAGCGUCAGUCCAACUAUAUGUUGAAUGUCAACCUGUAUGUUAAAAACUUAGAUGAUAAUAUUGAUGAUAAACGACUAGAGGAGGCCUUUAGUGUCCAUGGUUCUAUCACUAGUGCCAAGGUUAUGAAAGAUGCAAACAAUCGAUCUAAAGGUUUUGGAUUUGUUUGUUUCGCCAACCCUGAGCAGGCUGCCAGAGCAGUUACUGAUAUGAACGGAACAAUAAUAGGUUCCAAACCCCUUUAUGUCGCCUUAGCCCAAAGGAAAGAAGAUCGUCGGGCCAAGUUAAUUGAAGAACAUCAACAGCGAAUGGCCCAGUACCGGAAUCCAGUUGCCUCAAUGAUCCCAACGGUUCCAGGUCACGCAGCACCACAUAACUUCUUCCCUCCUGCAUUUCAGCAGGCUCAGCGGUUUUAUCACCCCUCAGGGGCUGUCCUUAGUUCUCAACCACGCUGGAAUCGGGCGGCCGGAAUACCCGCACAAAUUGGUGCCAUUCCUAACAGACCACCAGUUGCUGGGUAUUAUCCUGGUGCACCUAAUCAUGCUGCUAUUACGGCUAACCAAAUGGCUUCUCUUGCUCAAUUCCGCACACCAGGUGUUAACAGACCGAUGGUACCCAAUGGGAUGUCGUCCAUGCCCACAACUCACUUGCAAACUGCAGCCGUUUUUAACCAGGCCGCCAAUCAACAAAGACAACAAGCAUCUGGAAGACAGGGUGUGGUUGUUCCACAAGUGCUUGGGGCCACGACUGGUGGCUUGAAUCAACGUCCAACUGCAGCCUCAGUGGUUGCAGGACCACCAUCAGCCAAUCCUGCUAUUCGUCAACAGGUAGCCUCUCAAGUUCCAAGAGCUGUGAUGCAUUCUAAUAUGCCGAAUAUAGCCAGCACUGCAACAAAUGUUAGGUUCCACCAGACAGCGCGCAAUGUUUCAGCUCAGCCGACGCUCGUCCCAGCUGGGAAUAUGUCUGCACUCUUACCGCCCCUUGGAGAUCAAGGACAACUGACAAUAAGCGCAUUAGCUCAGUUAUCAGAAGAGGACCAGAAAAGGACUCUUGGGGAACAUCUUUAUCCACGCAUCAAAGAAUAUUACCCUGAAGUGGCCACCAAAAUUACGGGAAUGCUUUUGGGAGUAGAUAAUGCAGAAGUUAUAAAUCUUUUAGAAUGUGAAGAUCUGCUGCGCGCUAAGUGUGAGGAGGCUUAUACUGUACUAAUAAGCAGCCAAAGCCAACAAGGUGGCGUUGCCGAAGGCAGACAUGCUUCUCCGGGUCAAAACGGUGAUGGCUUAACUGGAACAGGGUCUAUGAAAACUGAAGAUUCCAAUAAUUGAGCCGAGGGUAUCUUCGCGACAAUAUACUCUAUCUAACUUUGUUUGACAGUCCUAUUAAUUUCUUUCUAACUGUUGAUGAGGGUGACUAGCUCAAAAAGUGUCUUAUUACUUUGGUGUUUCUCUCUAUUACUGAUGGUCAACAGUUCUUUAUGCUUGAUGAAUUUACCACACUUGUUCUUUUCUCUUUCUGAACUGGAGGUUAAUUGACUUUCAUGUUGUUUUCUACUAAGUUUAUUUGGUGUUGAAUUACAGUUUUGGAUAAUUAAGGUGGACUUUUUAAUAAGACCACUGUGUUGUGUCGCUCGUUUCCGUAACAGUGUUCAUGAAAUUAUAAGAUGUAUAUCGUUCUUAUUUAUUUCCGAACCGUAUCUGUUACGUUAAUGUGGUUUCCCUGUAACAACAACCGUCUAAAGUAAU